AUGUACACGGCUCGGUUUCGGUGUGUUUUGGGGUCUCAAAGCGAGACCGAGACCGAGAGGGUAAAAAAGCUGAAAAGCGAGACCGAGACCGAGACCGAGUGGUAUUUAGGUAGGGGCUUCAAACCAUAUAUAGAUUUGUACUAUAGAUUUGAUUAUGAUUAUAUAAUAUCUUAUAAAUAUAGUCAAACCGAGUAG